CUGUUGCCUAAGCGGGUUGUGGGCACCGACUGGUGACUGGAGGUGGCGCUGAUUCAGUUGAGGGAAGACGGAGGGGCUCAGGCCUGUCUGUCCAGUGUCUUACACAAUGGUAGAGGAUGAGCUGGUACACUUCGAUAAAAGCAUAAGUGAAUUUGGGAGUAAGUGCCGAAAUACGCUGAGUGAAACUCCCUAUCAGAUGGUGGGACUGAGAGAUGCCUACAAGGACUCCAUUAAAGCACUGUCAGAAAAGCUGUCUGUGAAAUUAAAAGAAGAAGAAAGAAAGGUCGAGAUGUUUCUGGAAUAUCAAAAUCAGAUCUGCAGGCAGAAUAAGAUCAUCCAGGAAAAAAAAGAGCACCUCUUAAAGUUGGUGGCUGAAGUCAAAGGCAAAAAGCAGGAGCUGGAAGUACUGACAGCAAACAUCCAGGAUCUUAAGGAAGAAUAUUCUAGGAAAAAAGAAGCUAUUGCCACUGCUAAUAAAGCUAAUGAAGAGAGGUUGAAAAGGCUGCAGAUGUCAGCAGAUGUGUAUAAAGAUCGACUUGGACUAGAAAUUAGAAAAAUUUAUGGUGGCAAAUUGCAGUUUAUAUUCACUGGUAUUGACCCCAAGCAGCCUGAGACUCCGUUUAUGUUUUCCUUACAUUUAAAUGAAGCAAGAGACUAUGAAGUGUCAGAUAGUGCUCCUCAUCUUGAGUGCCUUGCAGAAUUGCAAGAGAAUGUGAGGAAGACCAACAAUUUUUCAGCUUUUCUUGCCAAUGUUCAGAAAGCUUUUACUGCAAUGGUUUAUAAUUAA